AUGACCGGAUAUCGUGUUACCGACGACGAAAAUGGGCCGUUGGUUGUUAUAUCGUCGGGGAUCAUGAUGACCUACAUGAUCUUAUGUUAUCUGGUUAGGUUGUUCAUGAGACUCACAAUCAACGGUCCGUUUGGCAAGGACGAUUGGGCUUUGACAUGUGGAUCAGUCAUUGCUAUAGUACAGACCGGUCUGAAGAUUUCAGAAGCAUAUUCCGGUCUUGGGAGACGGAGACAUCGCGUUUCCCCGGGGGAUAUAGAGCGGGUUGAAAAGUUGGCAUAUGCCGGCGAUAUCUUCUAUCUUGUUGCACUCGGAUUUUCACGAGUCAGCACCUUCUUCCUUAUUGCUCGCCUUACUCGACAAAAGAAUCAUCUUCGUGCUGCAAAUUUGGGUGCCGUGGGAUCGCUGGUUAUCAGUAUCACGUCGGUCUUUCUCAUCUGCAUGCGCUGCGAUCUCUCCAUGCCAUGGGAUCUCAUCACCUCGGGCUGCUCUCAAAUGUACUCGCGAUGGUAUACCGUCGAGACCUUGGGCAUCCUUGUUGAAUUGUAUGCGGCCUGGGUUCCCAUAUACCUCGUCUGGAGCCUACAAAUGCAUUUGCAGUCAAAACUCGUUGUUCUCUUUGCGUUCUCCUUCCGCCUUCCUGUCCUGGUAGCGGCGGGAACGCGAUUAUACUACCUGCGUCAGCAACAAAUGCAGGAAGAUUUCCUCUUCUAUGGCGCCGCUGCCUCGGUGUGUCUCGAGGUGGAGCUCCACUACGGGUUGAUGGCAGCCACGAUACCAUGCCUGAAACCGUUCGUAAAGCUGUUCAACACUGGAUGGUUCGAUACUAGAGCUAUACAAAGCACUAGUGGAGGAGAGCAGUAUGCUCUUUCAAAUCUGACGCCCGCGCGAAUAACCGUCACGGCAGACGACAAAGUCUUCAAAAAACAAUGGAAUGACCGACGACAUUACGAUAACAAGCAGGAAAAGAAGACGUACGCCUUUCUUGGUUACUCAAAGAAGGAGAAAAUGCUUGCGAGGUCUUUACUUCGGUGCCAGUCGCCUCAGGCGGCGGCGUUCGCAGUCUCAACCAAACGGUUAGCUGUUCCGAGCAUCAGCUGCACUCGAUCUUAUAUCUCUCUACCCAGCUCGAAGCACAAUUCCAGCCACCUCUCCCAGAAUUAUUCUCAGCAGCAACCACAUAUCCGCUGUCGAAAUCGUUCCCUACUACGUCGCCACGGGAGAUCGUACCACCCGAGCACCUCCAACCUCUCAUCCUCGGAGAGCCAGUUCUCCCCAGAACAGAUAUCAAUACUCUCACUCGCACUAUCGAAUCACGUCCCCAAGCUUGGAUUCACGACUGAAGCCGUUGUCCUAGCGGCGCAGGAUGCUGGUCAUCCCGAAGUCUCUUUACAACUGUUUCCUCGUGGAGGGGAAAUUGAACUUAUCAUUUAUUGGUUAUCGACUAGACGGGCUAUGUUGAAGGAGAAGGUCGAGAGCGGAGAGAUGUUUGAAAAAGAUGGAGAGAAAUUAAGCGUUGAUCAGAAAGUAAAGAGACUGGUCGUGGAGAGAUUGAAGAUGAAUACUGGUAUAAUUCAGCACUGGCAAGAUGCCCUGGCGGUAAUGUCGUUACCUACCAAUAUUGCCGCAUCUCUUCACGAAUUAUAUGAGCUCUCGUCCGAUAUCCUUUAUCUCGCAGGUGAUCGCUCCGUAGACUCAUCGUGGUACUCAAAGAGACUAUCUGUGUCGACUGUAUAUGCCACUGCCGAGAUUACCAUGACCGAGGAUAACUCUGACGGAUUUGCAUCGACAGAGGAGUUUGUCGAAAGACGAUUUGGUGACACGGACGCUAUUACAGGAACUAUAGGUGACGCGAAAACAUACCUGGGCUUCCUUGGUGGGAGCCUUGUUGCGGCCGGACGGAGCUUGGGGAUGAAGAUAUAA